AUGAUAGAAAAUUUUAUAAAAAAUUUAAUACAAAUUUAUAAUUCAAAUCAAAUGGAACAUUUUAUAUUAGAUUAUAUACAAAAUUAUUUUCAAUGUUGCGGUUAUAAUGAAUGGCAUUAUGAAUGGUUAAAUAUAACUAAAAAAAUAAUAAAAAAGAAUACAAAUCAAUUUAUUGAUUAUUGGGUACCAAAUUCAUGUUGUAAAAAAAUAUAUCAAAAUGAUCAAUAUUGUGGUUAUGCUAUUUAUCAUAUUUCUAUUAAUAAUAAUGAUUAUUUUAUGAAAUUAUUGAAAUCUUAUCAACCAAUAUAUAUACCUAAUAAAUGGUAUAUCAAAUUAAAUAAUGAACCAUGUCCAGAAUUAAUUUAUAUUUGGUUAGGUGAAAUACCUGUGUAUUUAAUAAUGUUUGGUUUAACGGUUAUUGUUGCACGAUUACUUUACACUAUAUAUAUUGUAUUAAAUUUUAUUAAAACAAACAAGUAG